UAUUGCAGCCAGACACAUUUUCAUUGGAACUGUUUGGUUUCGUUCCCACCUCCUAUAAAAUCAAACCGACAAUGUGACUCUUCUCGUGCCUGAAGAAGGAAGUAAGAGAAGAAGAGAGAGAGAGAAGAGGGUCUCCAAGUCCUAUCCGCAUUUCCUGAACCAGAUCCUCUGCAAUGGCUGAGGAGUUCGACAAUAAAAACCACUCCGAAGUAGCCAUGCCUGAUGAAGGAGAAGAGGUUGAUGACUCUCCGAUUGAGCAGGUGAGGUUGACGGUUCCAAUAACCGACGACCCUACGCAGCCUGUGCUGACAUUCAGGACAUGGACUUUGGGAAUAGCUUCGUGCGUUGUCCUUGCAUUCAUCAACCAAUUCUUUGGUUACAGAACCACCCCUCUUUACAUUUCUUCUGUGUCCGCACAGAUUAUUUCUCUCCCUCUUGGCAAAUUCAUGGCCAGAACACUUCCGACCAAAGCAUAUGUUUUUCCUUUCACCAAGUGGUCGUUCUCUAUGAACCCUGGCCCAUUCACUUUAAAGGAGCAUGCACUCAUCACCAUCUUUGCCAGUGCUGGAUCUAGUGGUGUUUAUGCCAUCAACAUUAUCACUAUUGUCAAGGCUUUCUACCACAGGAGCAUCCACCCAAUGGCUGCUUUCCUUCUCGCACUAUCCACCCAGAUGCUUGGUUAUGGAUGGGCUGGCAUUUUCAGAAAAUUCCUCGUUGAUUCCCCGUACAUGUGGUGGCCUUCAAACCUUGUCCAGGUGUCUUUAUUCAGGGCAUUCCAUGAAAAGGAGAAAAGGCCUAAAGGAGGAAACACAAGACUGCAAUUCUUUGUGCUGGUGUUUGUGUCAAGUUUUGCUUAUUACAUCAUUCCGGGUUAUUUAUUCCCAGGACUAGCAACAAUCUCGUGGGUUUGCUUAGUUUGGAAAAAGUCCAUCCUUGCUCAACAAAUUGGUUCGGGUAUUACUGGGCUUGGCAUUGGUUCAUUUGGCCUUGACUGGAACACAGUGGCUGGGUUUUUGGGGACCCCUUUGGCUACACCUGGCUUUGCCAUCAUCAACACACUGGUUGGAUUUGUCCUCUUUAUGUACGUUCUGAUUCCCAUUUCAUAUUGGAACAACGUAUAUGAUGCCAAGAAGUUCCCCAUCAUCAGUUCCAACACCUUUGAUUCCACUGGAAAAAAAUAUAAUGUCACUCGGAUUCUCAAUGCUAAAAGUUUUGACAUCGACAUGGACAGUUAUAACAAUUACAGCAAGCUCUAUCUUAGUAUCACGUUUGCAUUCGAUUAUGGAUUGAGCUUUGCCUCUCUCACCGCCACCAUUUCGCAUGUUGUUCUCUUCCAUGGAAAAACGAUUGUUAAGAUGUGGAAGAAGACAACAUCUGCACUAAAAGAAAAAACAUUCGGAGAUGUGCACACGAGAAUCAUGAAGAAAAACUAUGAACAAGUACCUGAGUGGUGGUUUGCGAGCAUUUUGGCUCUAAUGGUAGUUGUGGCGCUGAUAACUUGUGAAGGCUUUGGAAAGCAACUUCAGCUGCCAUGGUGGGGAGUUCUGAUGUCUCUUGGUAUUGCGUUAGUUUUCACUUUGCCAGUUGGAGUAAUUCAAGCAACAACAAACAUGCAAGCAGGGCUGAACGUGAUCACAGAGCUGAUAAUCGGGUACAUUUACCCCGGAAAGCCACUUGCUAAUGUAGCCUUCAAGACAUACGGCUACAUCAGCAUGUCACAGGCACUCGCAUUCCUUGGUGACUUCAAAUUAGGCCACUAUAUGAAAAUCCCUCCAAAAUCUAUGUUCGUCGUGCAGUUGGUGGGCACCGUGGUUGCUUCAUCUGUGUACUUUGGAACAGCAUGGUGGCUUCUGACGACUGUUCUAAACAUCUGUGAUCAAUCAAAAUUGCCAGAAAAUAGUCCAUGGCAGUGCCCUGGUGACGAUGUGUUUUACAAUGCUUCGAUCAUAUGGGGAGUGGUGGGUCCAAAGAGAAUGUUUACCAAGGAUGGAAUUUACCCUGGAAUGAAUUGGUUUUUCCUGAUCGGUGCACUUGUUCCUGUUCCGGUGUGGUUCUUUGCUCGGAAAUACCCAAACAAGAGGUGGAUUGAACUCAUCAACAUGCCCCUCAUCAUUAUGGGUGCCGGAGGUAUUCCUCCGGCGAGAACUGUGAACUACAUAACCUGGGGAGCUACCGGAAUCUUCUUCAAUUUUUACAUUUACAAUAAGUUCAAGUCAUGGUGGGCUCGCCAUACUUACAUUCUCUCAGCUGCAUUGGAUGCUGGCCUUGCUUUCAUGGGAGUGGUUCUCUACUUUGCCCUCCAAAGUUACGACAUUUUAGGUCCAACCUGGUGGGGUGCCGAAGCUGACCACUGCCCUUUGGCCAAAUGUCCCACAGCUCCAGGCGUGAUUGCUCAUGGAUGCCCUACUCUCUGA